CACCGACGCGACGCAAACGCGCCAUCUCUCCUCUCCUCUCCCUCCAUCUCUCUUUCCUUCUCUUCUCACCUACUGCGGCCGUCCCGCCAUUGCCAUAUAACCCACCACCCCAUCGCACCCCUCACACACGCCCACAGCUACACACAUCGCCACGGUCUUCUUGGUUCCUCCGUCCACAGCCAGCCAGCUCCGCUCCACCACCUGAAGCCAAAUGGCGAAGCUGCUACCAGCCGCAGUCGCGUUCCUCCUGGCCCUCGCCGCCGCGGCGGCGCUGGCCCCGUCCUCGGCCUCAGCGUUCACGACGACCGUGAACGGCGCCGGAGAGCUUGGCCUUGGCGGCGCAGCGGCCGUGGUGAUGCGCCGGGGCGGGCGGACGUGCAGGGGCACGGUGGGCGAGUGCAUGGAGUACUUCGGCGUGGACGGCGAGGGCGAGGGCGAGGUGGCGGCCAUGGCCGGCAAGCGGCGGGUGCUGCAGGGCGGGAGCGGGUACAUCGGCUACGACGCGCUACGGCGGGACAACGUGCCGUGCUCGGAGCGCGGGGCCUCGUACUACAACUGCCAGCCCGGCGCCGAGGCCAACCCCUACUCCCGCGGAUGCAGCGCCAUCACCCAGUGCAGGGGCUGAUUCAUUAAACCCUUCUUCAUGUCCUCUUACCUGCAUGCCUCAUCAACUAGCAGUACUAGUAGUACUAUCUAUCUGUAAUGUAACGUAACGUAAUUACAAGAAGAAGAUCAAAACACUAGUUGAUGAUGCUUGAUCAAUCAUCACUGGCUGGUGUGAUCAAUCGUACUGUACGUAUCACUGGGGGAGGCAUGGUUAAUUAUUGUGUCAUUUGUGUC